AUGGUGUCAAACGAGUAUCUCUCCCACGGAGACAAGGAUGAGUUCAAUCCCGCAAGGUGGUCGUCCACCCCAGGCGAGCUUCCUCAACGGUCUCCCGAAACGCACCUCAACGUGCUGAUCGUCGGGGCAGGGCCGGCAGGGUUGAUCACGGCGCUCGAAUGUUGGAGGAAAGGACACAACGUGGUGGGGAUCUUGGAACGAAGCCAAGGCCCUGUCUAUACUGGGGACAUCAUCGUGAUCGGCCCGUCAGCCAUCUGCACCCUCCGCCACUGGCCGGAGAUCUGCCGAGAGCUCGACCAGGAGCGAUCAGACAGUGUAAUGUACUACCGCCGCCACAACAGCGAGCUCAUUCUGGGCCCAACCACGCUGGGCUACAACAGCCCCGAGCACCUAGCCCAGCGACAAGGCCUGCCGUACGUGGCCCCGCACCAGGUCCGCCGCAAGUUCUACCGCAUGCUGCUCCGCCAGGCCGCCCGCGUCGGUCUGAAAGUCGAAUACGGCCAGCGGGUCGAGCAAUACUUCGAGGACGAGUCCGCCGGUGUCGGAGGUAUUGUGACGGCCGACGGCAGCGUGCGGGUGGCGCACAUCGUCGUGGCCGCCGAUGCAUUCAAGACGCGCUCCGACCUGCUGAUCGCAGGCGAACACGCCCCGACACGCUCAAGCGGCAUGUCAGUAUACCGGGCAGCGCUGCCGACGGAGCUGGCGCUGCGGGAUCCGGCGUUCAAGGCGCGCUGGGGCGAGGCCGUGGCGCAGGGGGCGUCGCACCACGAGUUCUGGAUCGGACCCGGCAUGCACCUGGGACUGUUCAUCUCACCGGACUUCGUGGCAUACGGGCUCACCCCGCGUGACAAGUUCCUGCAGCCCGGCGGCAACGAGCCCAUCGAGUCGUGGGACCCCGACGUCGAUCCGCAGGGGGUCCUCGACGUGCUGCACCGCAUCCCGGAUUGGGAUCCUGCCAUCGAGGGGCUGGUCCGCAACACUCCCAAGCGCGCGACCGUGCAUUGGCCGCUGCUGUGGCGGAACUUGCGUCGCGAGUGGACGUCCAAGGGCGGUCGUGUCGUGCAGGUCGGCGACGCUGCGCAUACCACCGUGCCGGCUUCGAUCAGCGGCGGCACCCUAGCCAUCGAGGAUGCCGUCACGCUGGCGGCUUGCUUGCAGCUUGCGUGUGCAGGUGGCGCGCCCGGUGGUGCGCCGCUGGGUGCCCGCAUCUACAAUCUCCUGCGCUACCAGCGUGUGAGCUGCGUGCAGAAGAUGUCGUUUGUCAAUUCGGAGAACCUGGGCGCUGCGGAUAUGAAUGAGGUGCUGAAGAAGGAUCCCGAAAAGGUCAAGGUCCGGUUCCCCAAGUGGUUGUUUCAGCAUGAUCCUGAGGCCUAUGUCUAUGAGAAGUUCGGCCAGGCGUUCUCGCAUUUCGUGUAUGGCACUGAUUUCCAGAAUACCAACUUUCCUUCGGGCCAUAAGUUCAAGAUGUGGACGAUCGAGGAGAUUCAUGCGGAUAUUCUGGCCGGGAAGAAGGUUGCGGACUUUUUGGAUGGCGAUUGGGAAUAG